AUGACGGAAGAUAAGGCUGCGGCUGCAAAGGGUGCCAGCCAGCUUAUGCAAGAUGCCCUCUCCAACGGGAAAGGCGAAAUGCCUAUCGCAUGCGAGCGAUGUCGGCGACGAAAGCAGAAGUGCGACCGGAAGCUGCCUUCGUGCUCCAACUGUUCUAAAUCUGGCCACCAGUGUAAUGUUCCCGACGUAACGGACCGCCGUCGAGCCGCUGGCGCUCAAUCGGCUCGUCUUCCAAAAGGUUAUAUCGAACAACUUGAGGCACAGGUCCGGUUCCUGGAGAGUAAUAUCCAAGAGAAACUUUCGUCCCUCCGAGAACAGCACGGCACACCCGAAUCCCAACCGUCCAAGCGUCUCAAACUCGACGACGGUGCAGCAUCAUGGCAGGACCGAUACAUGCAAGGCCGGAUGGAACUUGACGGAGAGGAAAACCUUCUCAUGUUGUCUGCGACUGCUUCUAUGACCCAUGCUUCAUCUGUUAAUUCGCAGAUGGAGCUUCCGGCUCCGGCGAUCCAUCAUGAUGUCUCCACCCUUCCGACAAUGUCCAUACUAUCCCUAAGCAACAUCGGCGACUCGAAUGAAUCAGGACCUUUCACUUUCUCAAAGGUACUGAGUAGCAUUAUCCGUAGUGAUGGGCGUAACCCAGCCCUUUCUACUCGGAUAAAUCCAUUCUUCACGGACCUUGCAGAUGCUAUCCCCCAUGUCCUCCCAGAUAUGGCAAGCCAACUUUCCGGCUCAACGGGUAGAAAACACAUGGACAAGUACUUCCGAAUGGUGCAAUUCCGGUACCGAGUACUUGACCGCAAGGAUAUCGAAGAGUACUACGAAGGAUGGGUAAAUAGGCAAUCAAAGCAAAUGGCACGGGCGGAGAGUGUAUCCAGUGCCCGAUCUGCCCUUCAGGAGGAUAACUAUCCAGGAUCAUCGGCGACUAGUCAGGCGGGUGGUCCCACCCAGGCAGUUUCCGGUGACGGCUCUGGUUCACAUCCGGAUUCACCCAUUAAGAAUUUUAUAAUAUACAUGGUUCUCGCAAUCGGGAUUACCCUGGAUGAGGAUUCGGCUUCUCACUCUGCCUUCUUCUCCAACCAUUUCCUCUUCGCCGCCAUCCGACAUUUCGAAGCCGUCCUUGAAGGCUCUGAAGGCUCCAACGUUGGAACUGACGAUCCAAUUGAUACUAUUAGAGCACUCCUUCUACUCGCCAUAUACAGUCUCUAUAGUCCCUCCGCUGGUCCGACAUGGCACUUUAUCGGCCUCGCAAUCAGGAAGGCCAUAUGUUUAGGAUAUCAUAUGGAUAUGGUACAGGGUGAGGAUGGUGGCCCAGUUGAUGAACGUGUACAAGAAGAACGACGCUGGGUAUUCUGGACAGCAUAUGUGCUCGAUAGAUGUAUCUGUCAAGCCCUAGACCGUCCCUUUAGUAUACAGGAUACCGAUGUUACCGCCAAGUUGCCAACUCUUUCCAAAGAAAACCCACUUGAUGUUUUCGCCCUACACUUCAUCCGCUACAAUCUUAUCCGCACCGAUUUCAUGACCCACCCGACCAAGAAUUUUACCUACCAUCAGACCAACCUCCUCUCCUGGCGACAAUCGUUCCCUGUAUUCCCGCCAUCGAUAGAUCAGGUUUUACGGGAUACGAUCAGAGACUAUUUUGAUGGUUUAUAUUACGGCGCAUUGUUACUCCUCAUCAAGCCCAACGAAAAGUACAGGCCUGUCGACUCUAGCCCGCUUACGCCAAGUAACGGGCUUAGUCUAACAAAUAGCUCGAUGCAAACAUCGCAAGAUCAUCGAAAGUUAUCACAUAUUGCCUUCGCAUCAAUAUACGUCCUCCGUAGUGCUGCUAAGAGAGUGGAGCUGAGCAGCUUCAUUAGUUGGUUGAUUGGUUACAGGGUAUUCAAGGCAGGAUUAGUGUUUCUUAGGAGUGUCUUGAUCCUCAGUUCCUUCAGGAGGAGAUACUGCACAGUUGAACAAGUGUCGUCCGACCUUGGCUCUGCAAUGGACGUUCUCACCGCCGUUGGUUCCAAAUUCGACGAUCUAAAACGCUACCGUGGUGUCUUCCGCAUCUUGAAACGCGGGUUCGAGAAGUUCCUCGAAGCAGAAAAGAUGGGUACAAGACCCCCACAGUUCUCAACGAGCGAUAUAGACUUUUCCGUCGUGAACAUCGGAACCCUUAAGAGCCUAUUAGAAGAAGUUGUCGAAAUGCUGUGCGAGAUGAGCAGUAUCCCACCAGUACCACCUUCCAACGCUGGGAGCGAAAGGGAGCGCUCCAAUAGUGGCCUGGUAUGGAAUAAUACCGGGAACAACAACGAUAUGACCAACAAUGGUAUGAGAGUUUCAGUCAGCAAACCCUUCGGAAACGGAGCCCUCAUGACGCCGCCAUUGACAACGCCGACGGCACCCGGCGGAUCCACCGGAAGAGACGGAAUGAGAAGCGGCAGUGCACCUGCUGCUACCCCAGGCGCUGCGAAUACCUACCCCCACCAUAAUGGGGCAAAUACUAAUCGCUCACCGAAGGGCAAUGCUAAUGGUAAACAAGGCUCUCAGCCAAAUAUUAUGGGAAUGACGGAUCCUACGGCUGUAAGUGUAAAAUGGGGCAAUAGUGCUGCGGAUAUUGGUGGGAUGGCUGGCGGAGCUACGUGGAAUGGCGGAAUGAUGGGGAUGGGGAUGAGAGGUAUGCCAGGUGGGUAUACAGCCCCUAGCGUGGAGAUGGAUAUGCCAGAUAAGGACUUGUAUGAGAUCCUGUUUGGAGGUGGUGGUGGAGUCGGAGUUUAA